CUCGUGUGUGGCGCAAUGCAUUGUGGGUAAGUCAGCAACAGAGUGGAGGACGCCAUGUGCUGUUGAGGGAGAAGGACCAGGACUGACAGGCUACACUGUGAAUUGGAAGUAUCUAUAGGAGAUCCGGGGGUCACAAAUAAUAAACAUGUACUGCACAAGACAUUGCAUUCGGACCGCACUGCGAAUCGCCGCAAAGACGCAUCGGCAGGAGCUCCAGGCACCAACGCUAUAUGCCCUCCGAACUCUCGGGACCAGCCCAGCUAGCCUUUCUGAUGUCAUCACCGCCCCCCCUCUGGAUGGAGCCCCCAAACAGUACCCCCCCAAAAUCACCCAGCUGGUACACGACAUCACCAGCCUCACCUUGUUAGAGGUGUCAGACCUCAAUGAGCUACUCAAGAAAACCCUGAAUAUCCAGGAUGUUGGGAUGAUGCCAAUGGGAGCCAUGACUGCAGCAGCAGCACCUGCAGCUCUGGCAGUGGAAGAGGACAUGGCACCAGUCAAGAAAGAGAAGACACACUUCACAGUAAAACUGACAGAACUGAAGGCAGCAGAGAAAGUGAAACUCAUUAAAGAAGUGAAGAACUGCAUCCAAGGCUUGAACCUGGUGCAGGCUAAGAAGUUGGUUGAGUCCCUCCCCCAGGAGAUCAGAGCCAAUGUGUCCAAAGAGGAGGCGGAGAAGCUGAAGACAGCCCUGGAGACAGCAGGAGGCACUGUGGUGCUGGAGUAGAACGCCCCUCUCUCCAUCCCUGCCUCCAGCCGACUGACCACACCCAUCCACCGUCUGGCUGCGGUUACUCCCGUCUUCUGACUAUCUUUCUGUUUUCUACAGCAGUAAAACAACAAAGGAACCAGUACCUUGGAAACUGAAAUAUUGCCUUUUGACAACGUUGCUGUACUAGCUACCAACUGGACGGUGUGAGGCGGGAGAAACUAACUCAGACUGAACUCCUCAGGCUCAGAGCCUGAACACCCGCCCGCCCGCCGCCCGGCCGCUCCUAAAUUUACUCUCCCAUUUGUCUUGUUUGUUCGUCUGUCUGGCUGGCUCUGUCCCGAUUCUCCAUCCUUCUCCCGAAGUGUGCACUUCUCUUGCGUUCCUUCUCGCAUUGAUUUAACAGUGGUGGAAACUCAAACUCCCUCAAGCCAAUGUUUAUAUCAGCCCGAUGUUUAAAAGUCCAUGACUGGGAAUAUGAGGGUACAGGAGAAGGGUUGAUAAUGGGUACUUUUGCCCAUCUAUCAGACUGGUACUUUUGCCCAUCUAUCAGUCUAGCACUUUUGCCCAUUGGGCUGCAGUCAAGCUGGCCCUGGGCCUCCUAUCUGUGUGUGUAUUCGUCUGGUGGUGAGUUGCCCUGAAAGCCUCGUAGCUAACGUGGCAUGUUAUUUCUCCUGACAACCCAGCCUCCACAGUGACCAUUGAAAUACCUACGUUUGACUGUCUGUAUUCUCCAGAGGAGGCUGGUGGGAGGAGCUAUAGGAGGACAGGCUCAUUGUAAUGGCUGGAAUGGAAUUAUGGAACGGAGUCGAACAGGUGGUUUCCAUUUGAUACCAUUCCAUUAAUUCCAUGUCAGCCAUUACAAUAAGCCUGUCCUCCUAUAGCUCCUCCCACCAGCCUCCGCUGGUAUCUUAUGUGCGUUAAUGAACCAAAUUCGUCAAAUCAACACUUUGCUGGUUGUUCUAUGAGUGGUGUGAGUCUGGGUCAUCAAGAGGACUGAGGUGCCACGUUCGCAACAAAUAUUUUUUAGAAACCCUCCCCCUGACUGGUAGGGAGACAUGGUUACCGUGUUAUCUAGAACCAGGAGAACGGAGCUGUGUCCUCAUGGGUUGGAACCGGUUCAGGAACAGAACCGAAAAAUCCGGAAAAUGACGACAUUUUUCAAGUAGCAGAAACGGAACCUGGAACGAAAGUGAGCCAUACUGUUCCGGAACAGAACCAUUAUUUUAAAAGCAUAGGAACCGGUUAAUAACGUUCUUUUACAUUCCCGACGUUGUUUCUACUCUCACAAAAAACGCAACAAAGUGCCUAGGCAAAGCCCUCACUCUGUCACUCAGAAACAUAUUCCAGUAUCUGCCUGUAAGCUGAAAAUCUUUAUCAGUGUGUGUGUGCAUGUUUAGGCUACCUGCCCCCCCCCAGAAGCUAGGCUACUGUACUGACUUAGGGGGAGAGAUUUUUAAUUAGCUAGAGAAGAAUAUUUGAACUUUUUUGACGCUAGUUAAGGAUACUAUAGGCCUAGUUAUCACGUUUCACAUUGGGUUUAUUAACUACAAAAAGGUAAGACGUGUUUUUUAGGUCUGGUGCCGCUCUGCACACACAAGCUUGUUGGCUAGCUAGCUCAAAGGACAUUCAAAGUUCCUCCAUAGAAGCCACUCCUCCUAGGCAUAAUUCUGUGGACAUAAAUCAGAUAACGCAUGUCAUAACGAUGCCCAGCGCUUCAAGCCUCCUUCUCAACCCUCUCUUGUUCUCUCCCCACCCGCAAAAUGUCAGUCGCAUCUUGUGCCAUAAGCUACACUUGUCUGUCCAUCACGCAUGUAAACAACCAGCUUGCCUGCUCUAUCCACACUGAUUGGUGAAGUCAUUUAAUCGGCUAAAUAUUUAGGGGGGAAGAAACUGAUUUUAAAGGUUAAAAAAGGAACAGAAAGGAACGCUAUAAACCGGUACUUUUGUUUGGUUUGAACCGGUUCAGAACUUUAUUUUGCUGGUCGGAACAGUGGAACGGAACAAUUUGGGUUUUUUUUUCUGUUCAGAACGAAACGAUUGGGAAAAUAAUGUUGGUUCCAACCCCUGGUCUUUAUACUGUAUGGAUGAUAUAGGAUCAAUGAUGAAGUGAUUCAAAUAAAAUACAAGUUACAUUUC